GUGAUGUUUUUGCCUUUUAUAUAUCUCAGGUCGGAGUACAAUGCUUUCUGGCGAUGUGUUCAGGCUGGAGCCACAUACCUGUGUGUACAACUUUGCAAGGUUAGUACCAGGGAGGGACAGGGUGGUUUAUGUAGGAGGGGUGAGUGAAGGGUGUCCCUGCUGUCUGCAAAGUGGAGGAGGAGAGACAAAGUGGUGUGUGGCUGAGAUGUGUAUAUGGAGGAGUGAUUAAAUGGCCUAUUAUAUUUUGUUUGCUAGGGAAUCAUUUUUGUCACAACGUUUACAACAGUGACCUUCUGAUGACUGGUGAGAAAGUAAUUUGAUGUCUAGUGGGAAGCAGGGACACAAGUGGGAUGUCUGGUUUACACUGGAGUUGUGUGAUGUGUUCUCAAGAUGUGCACUUAAGUGUUACGCACAGUGAUUUGCUUACUCUGGACCAAAUGGGUAGAAUGAUUACUUUGCUGAGGAUGUGGUGAGAGACGUGAGUUAACAUAUCUAUGCUGGAGUGGUGGGGAGAGAAUUGCGUUGUCAGAUCUUUGCUGGAGUGGUGGGGAGAGAAUUGUGUUGUCAGAUCUAUGCUGGAGUGGUGGAGUAGAGCGUCAGAUCUAUGCUGGAGUGGUGGAGUAGAGCGUCAGAUCUAUGCUGGAGUGGUGGGGAGAGAAUCGCGUUGUCAGAUCUAUGCUGGAGUGGUGGGGAGAGCGUCACGUUGUCAGAUCUAUGCUGGAGUGGUGGGGAGAGCGUCACGUUGUCAGAUCUAUGCUGGAGUGGUGGGGAGAUCGUCACGUUGUCAGAUCUAUGCUGGAGUGGUGGGGAGAGCGUCACGUUGUCAGAUCUAUGCUGGAGUGGUGAGGAGAGUGUCACGUUGUCAGAUCUAUGCUGGAUGGGCCAGGGUAAACAUCUCAUCUGCUUGAGAAAUUGGGAAGCUGCUAUUAUUCAUAGCUACACUCUUAAUCUUUCAAUUUACACAUUUUGUUUCUAUAGAUGCUAUUUCUUGCAACAUUUUUUCCCACGUGGGAAGGAGCUGCAGGAUCCUAUGAUUUUAUUGGGGUGAGAUACAAAGCAUUAUGUGCAUUGUCCCUUUUAUCCUAGGUUACACAUUGUCACAUUAGCCUAUCGUUGGUUUCAUUCAUGCAUCUUCUCUCUUUAACCUUUGUGUCUGUGUCCCAGGAAUUCAUGAAAGCUACAGUAGAUCUUGCAGAUUUGUUGGGACUGCAUUUAGUAAUGUCUCGAAAUGCAGGAAAAGGAGAAUACAAGAUCAUGGUGGCAGCGAUGGGAUGGGCCACAGCUGAGCUGGUUAUGUCCAGGUGAGAGACACUUUUCCUAAGCACAGCUGUUAAUGUAACAAUAAUAAAAGCUGACAUGUGUAAUGAUGUUGGUAAAAGCUUAAAGGAUCACUAUAGGGUGACAUGUAUUCCUGACCCCAUAGUGUUAAAACCACCAUCUGGGACCCUCAUGCCCCCUACAAAUAGCAAAAUCUUAUUUGUAUUCAAGCCUGAAGCUGUAGCUCUGCAUGCUGUUUGACUCAGAAUAGCAACCUGUCUGCUGACAUCAUCAGAAGUGGUGGCCUGAUCCAAUCACAGUGCUUCUCUAUAGGAUUGGCUGAGACUGACAAGGAUGCAGAUCAGGGGCAGAGCCAGCAUGAUUCAAACACAGCCCUGGCCAAUCAGCAUCUCCUCAUAGAGAUGAAUUGAAUCUCUAUAAGGAAAGUUCAGUGUCUGCAUGCAGAAGGAGGAGACGCUGAAUGUUUGGAUGUAUUUUUGGCAAAAUGAAUUUUUAUGUAAAUUGUUUUUCAUUUCAAAAUCUGAAUAUUUAAAAAAAAAACAUUUAAACUGAUCCCAUGGUUGGUUUAUUUACUGUUGCAGUAAUUAUUGUAGAUACGGAACACUGAGAUUUAAAAAAAAAAUGCUAUCUCAGCCUGUGUUCAGAGCGUAGUAUCCCUUUUCGUCAUCGCUUAAUUUAUAUCUAAUUUUCUCUUAUUUAAUUGGCCCUGGCACAUGGUUAAAUGCACCAAUAGUGGCUUCUUUCUCCAGCAUUUGAGUGGAGAAGCACGGUGUUUCUCUGUGCAUGCCUAUUUCCAAUCGCUUUUCUAUGAGAAGCAUUGGAUUUGAGCAGAUUUGUGGAAGACGUUGGCAGGCAUGCUGACAUCUUUAAAGGCGAAACAAGCAGCUUCAGUGGAGGAGGCCCAGUGUUGGAAACAAAGUGAGUAGUCUGUUAACUAAAUGAUUUUUGAUAACCAAGUUGGGUACUCAGAAGGGAACCUAUUGUCCAGAAAAACGAAACGCCAUUUUCGAGACUUUAAGUUCUUUCAUACAACCUAACUUGAUCAGAAUAGAACCUCACCAGCUCUUGGUAUUAAAUCGAGAGAUGGUGCCAUCGUAUUCUAGAAAAGAUAACAUCUGUAAGUUGCUGUAGUGUUUAUGCCACUUAGAUUGUCUAUUUAAUCAUGCCAUAAAAGUGUAAUAUUUAUUAGAAAUGUGAAAUAACUAUCACCAACAAUUUUGUGAACACUGUUUUGGUAUCCUGUUUAAAGAUACCAAAACAAGGGCUUUUCCAUCCUCUUCCCUCCACCAGAUGCCUUUACAUUUUUUAUUAUAAAUUCUCUAAAAAUUACUGACAUCAGCGUUUCUAAGACAACAUAAUACAUCUUACAACCCCUGACUUUCUCUAGAAACCGCAUAGUUAUAAGCUAAUAUGUCAUUCUCUGUAAUGUAAAAUUUGCGUCACCCGUAUAGUUUAGUUUAAAGGAACACUAUAGUCACAAAUUACUUUUAGCUAAAUAAAGCAGUUUUAGUGUAUAGAUCAUUCCCCUGCAAUUUCACUGCUCAAUUCACUGUCAUUUAGGAGUUAAAUCACUUUGUUUCUGUUUAUGCAGCCCAAGCCACACCUCCCCUGGCUAUGAUUGACAGAGCCUGCAUGAAAAAAAACUGGUUUCACUUUCAAACAGAUGUAAUUUACCUUAAAUAAUUGUGUCUCAAUCUCUAAAUUGAACUUUAAUCACAUACAGGAGGCUCUUGCAGGGUCUAGCAAGCUAUUAACAUAGCAGGGGGAUAAGAAAAUCUUAAUUAAACAGAACUUGCAAUAAAGAAAGCCUAAAUAGGGCUCUCUUUACAGGAAGUGUUUAUGGAAGGUUGUGCAAGUCACAUGCAGGGAGGUGUGACUAGGGUUCAUAAACAAAGGGAUUUAACUCCUAAAUGGCAGACUAUUGAGCAGUGAGGCUGCAGGGGCAUGUUCUAUACACCAAAACUGCUUCAUUAAGCUAAAGUUGUUCAGGUGACUAGUGUCCCUUUAAUGUUUUGUACUGUGAACUUACCACUUUUUUUCCAAUUCUUCACUUUUUUAUUUUUCUGUAGGUGCCUCCCCCUGUGGGUAGGUGCACGUGGGAUUGAAUUUGAUUGGAAAUACAUCCAGAUGAGCAUUGAUUCCAACAUCAGUUUGGUAAUUUUAGAAAUGAUAUUUUGAUGUCUGUCCCUACAGUGACCCAGUAAGUACCAGUCUGUAUUUUUUAUCUCCUGUUUGUAUUUCCCAGGUACACUAUAUGGCAGUAGCUGCCCUUGUAUGGAUGUGGACUCGCUAUGAUCUCCCCACUCAUUAUCGGCUUCCUGUUACGGUCCUUCUAGGGCUCAGCAUGUACAAAGCAUUUUUAAUGGAGUAAGUAUCUCUUCAAUUCUUUUGUUGGGAGCCCAUCUACUCCAUAUUGCCUUGUUGCUGUCCCUGACGUAUCUGCUUUGGUUCAUGUGAGUUAAUUACUGCACCACUGGGUAUAUCAUCAUAUUUUGACCUGAUAAGCGGUUUGACUGAAAUAGAUAAUCAGCAUUGCCUCUCUCACAUGUACAGCUUCACAUAAAGGUUGUUAUUUUAUUUCUCUUUAUGCAGUGAGUACUGUAACUGAUCAGGCUGAUAGGCAUGUUCUAAACGAUAGAGUAAAUUUGAUGCCUAAAUCAAGAUAUGGCUGUAAGAUAAUUAAGAAUAGCAAACAGACAGAAUUCACUCUGUCUUCUUACCAUGACUAGUCCUCGGAAAGUAGAGCCAAUAAUCUUUCAGGAAUUAAAAUUUUCUUGUUUUCUUGCAGCUGUUUUGUGCACGUUUUCUUGCUGGGAAGCUGGACGUCUCUUCUCCUGAAAGCUGUGGUCACUGGCCUGCUCUCCUUUAGCUGUCUCACUCUCUUUGUGAGUCUAGUUCACAGUAACUGAAGUAGCAAUGUCUCAAGUCACACGUGACAUGUAGAUUUGGUUCAAUCGAUUCCAAUAGGAAGGCAAUUUAAGGCUGACGGACUGUGUGUCAAUUUUGUUUUAAGUUAAUUUCAUACAAACUUUAUAUAAUAAUAAUAAUAAGUGGACCAUUACUCGUGGAUCCUGUGAUUGUAUAAUAAAAACCCGUUGGAUAUGAGUGGAAAUCCUUUAUUACUAAUUCUGUUUGUUUUUGUAAGUAUUUCGUAAAACUGCUGAUUACUUUUAGCAUGAAUUUAAGUGCUAAAAUAUCAUCCUCUUAGAGGAUCUUCCCCUGGGGGAAAAAC